AGCAGUACUCAGACAGACCUUAUGAAGUUCAAUUCUAUUCGCUCGAAAAAAAUUCCAGUUCAAAAUAUAAAAACAUGAAUUUUGUUUUAUGGCUGAUACUUUCAUUAUUAUGUGUAUCAGUUGGUGCUUAUAAGAAUGAAGGAGACGAACCAAUUCGACCGAAUAGUUCUGUUUAUUUGGAUUGUUUUGAUCCAUUUAUUCCGUGGAUUAAUCGUUUAACUACAGAAGCCAAGGAAACAUCUGCAGCUUGUGUUGCUUCUGCAGAUGCCCAAAAAGAAAGAGAAUUGGUCUCGAUAAAUCGCACCCGUUCGGAGCUAGGCUCCGAAGUGAAGAGAAUCAAAGAAACACUUUCCGCUUGUUCAGUACAAAAAGAUCACUUUGGGUAUUUUGAAUGUCUGAAAGGAAUUCUUGAGACUGAUAGAAAAAUAGUUGGCGACAUUACAAUGAAAUCAUCAAAGUAUUCUAAUAAAAUUAAGGAAAUCGAAGAACAACAAAUUAAAUGCUUCCGAAACGCAGUUUUUAAAAUUAAAGAGAAAAGUUCAAGUGCAAUUCAUAGUUUGCAGACUUGUCUAACAUCUUCUGGAGAAAAUCUUGGGGGAAAUGAUUUAAGUUCAACAACCAGAAUCGAACGGACUACAGAACCGUUUUUCCAUUUAAGAGAUAAAGGGUAUAAUAGGAUAUACCUUAAAAAAUAGAAGAACUUAAAAAAAUUUGACAACUUUUUUCACGGCGUUUUAAUGAAGCCUUAUGUUAAAGCUUUUAAGAUAAUAACUUUGUAUUCGUAGGCAUUAUGGUUGUCUAGAAUACAUUGCUUAUGGACAUCAAAUUAAAGUCAACAAAAAUCGAUCUAUAUUUGUUAGUUAGCUAGCAAAGUUUUCUUGUGUAGGUACAAUAAAAUAAGUUUGAAUCUUAUUUCAAAAUCCUUCUAUUACGUCAGGUUUUUGUCAAUUUUAA